ACUAUCUUCCGUCGGUAGGUCCUCCUUCCCCUGGUGGUGCUGAUCCAGCCAGAGUGAGGGGAGAAAAGGGCGGCACAGACAGCGCACCACCAGCAAGCCAUCUACCGGCCGGCCGCCACUACCAAUUGCCCAGCAUCCCCAUUCUUGAAUCUCCCAGCUCCAACUUUCUUAUUUAGGUGGGCAGGGCAGAGAUCAAUCGAUUGUUAUGCUUAGGUGGGCUUGAUCUUUUUCUUGGAUCCAUCUGCAUCCUCUCCUGCUAGCAAGCAAGAUCGAGACAAAGAACGGCUGCUGCUGCCGCUACUAAGAAGAAGAGGAAAGUCAACGGCCAAUCGGACUCGGAAGAUGAUGCGGCGGCGCUGGAGCAAGGACUCGGAGACCGAUUCCUCAAGCUCCUUGUACCAGCUGCGCCCCGACUGCGCCAGCAACGUUCCCGACACCAAGUUCAAGAUCAAGGUUGGCAGAACGCUGAGCGUUCGAAAAUGGCAGGCUGCGUUCACGCAACAGGGCAACCUGCAUAUUGCCUCUGUUCUAAGCCGGAUACAGAGAGGGGGUGUGCACCCUGCGAUUAGGAACGAGGUUUGGGAGUUCUUGCUUGGCUGUUUCGAUCCCGAUAGCACAUUCGAUGAGCGCGACCACAUCAGGAACACCAGAAGAAUGCAGUAUGCUAGAUGGAAGGAACAAUGCAGAGAUAUGGAUUCUCACGUGGGCAGUGGUAAAAUCAUCACAGCCCCGAUCAUAACUGAGGAUGGCGUGCCUAUUAAGGACCCUUUGGUUCUACUCGAAGCGACUUCAGACCAGGGUACGUCGCAAGGUGGUUCGACCAGCAGCAACAAUGGAAAUGGGGUGGCUGAUUCUGUGGACCGUCUGACGGAUAAACAGAUUAUCGAGUGGAAGCUCACAUUGCACCAAAUUGGUCUUGAUGUUCUGCGCACUGACCGAUCCAUGGUGUUCUAUGAGAAGAAAGAAAAUCUCUCCAAGUUGUGGGAUAUUCUAGCUGUGUACGCGUGGAUCGACAAAGAAGUUGGUUAUUGUCAAGGAAUGAGUGAUUUAUGCUCACCGAUGAUAGUGUUACUCAAUGAUGAAGCAGACGCAUUUUGGUGCUUUGAGAGAUUGAUGCGUAGACUGCGAGGGAAUUUCAGAUGCACACAGCAAUCUGUUGGGGUUGAGAACCAGCUUCAGCACCUUGCUUCUAUCAUUCAGGUGCUGGACCCAAAGUUACAUGACCACCUAGAAACACUUGGCGGGGGCGAUUAUCUCUUUGCAUUCCGUAUGUUCAUGGUGUUGUUUCGGCGUGAAUUGUCAUUUGGGGACUCCUUGUAUCUCUGGGAGAUGAUGUGGGCUCUGGAAUAUGAUCCUGACAUGUUCUCCACAUAUGAAGAGGCCGGGGCUGCAACUGACAGAACUCAAGGGCAUAAACCAAGAGUAAAGCCGACCCGUCAGUUUGGCAAGUAUGAGAGGGCGAACUUGAAGAAUGGUGCAAACGCUGUUGAUGGCCCUGUCCCUAUCUCUGUUUUCCUGGUUGCUAGUGUUCUGAAGGAGAACAGCCAGAAGCUCCUGCAAGAAGCCCGAGGGUUAGAUGACCUUAUAAGGAUACUAAACAAUGUUAACGGGAACUUGGAUGCAAAGAAGGCUUGCGAGGCUGCACUGAAACUUCACGCGAAGUACCUUAGAAAGAUGCAGGGAAAGAAACCCUAACAUAACAAUUAACACACACGGUGAUCCGGCAGAAGGUGGUUGUUGUAUGCAAGGAAGGCAGAAGCAGUAGUUGCUGUAUGUAAAUUUGAUUGCAGAGCAUUGCUUGCCAACGUGAAAAAUGUGUAUAAGUGAGUGCAUUGUUCUUGAGAAGUAUCAUUUUUUCCAAGGGCAAGAUUCUUUCCGCUCCAAAGAAGAAAAGUGUAAUAUUCAUUUUAAGAACAAAACAUAUGUGUGUGAAUCUUAUAAAAUGAAAAAAAAAACAAGCAGAAGAGAGCUCGCCAGGAUUUUGGGUGUGUGGCUGUGUGAAGCAGAAGAGAAAUACAUACUAAUUAAUACUAUGUUUUAUAUUUUGGUC